AUGGCACCUGGACCGCAAUUGUUCUAUUGCCUCUGGCAGGACAGCCGAAUCCGCGAGACUCUAUUCGAAGCACUAUCCAAUGAUGACAUUGGCAACAUACGCCUGGCCAGCUCGGCAUGCUGCAACCUGGUCACUAAACGAUUAUUCCUACGAACCCACUUGACCUUCUCGGCCACCAGCUUCACUCGACUAGCUAAGGUUCAGGCCCUUUCAAGGAUAGGUCACCAUAUCGAGCAUUUAACUUUCUAUUUUCCUCAUUCAAAUGCUACCUUCUUACCGCCCCUCAUCCACCCUGAGAGUGGCCGGGAGAUCAGUUUCCUAUACACGCCCCAUACCUCAAUGGGAUCCGUGUUAGAGAGACCCAAGUUUGCUAACGAGGGUCUGGGUGAGAUCUUGACCUCGCAAUAUCCGCCCCUAUUUCACGCGGCCUCUAAUGUGCCGUCCUUUAUCAAUGCGAUGAAACACCUGGUCAAUAUCAGGCAUCUCACAAUUAAAACGCCGGGCCAAGAUCCCAAAGAACGCUAUCGACGAGACAUUGUAGACUAUGCCCUCAUCAGUCUUCGCGUAGCUCUCGAGCGGGCGCCUAUGAAGAAGCUCAAUAAGCUGUCUCUAUCUGUGCACCCCUCAGCAUUCCUGUAUUUACGCCCCACACAAGGUUUCGGCUGCUUGCCGUCCGCAGGUCGACGAUGGAAGCAGAUCCGGAAAAUGCACAUCAAUGUAGACUCAUGGGACUUUUAUGGCCCGUCCCCUGGUCUCGAUAAUCUCAAGAUAAUCCAAGACUUUUUGUACAAUCACUCCACAAACCUUGAAAAACUGUCCUUUACCUGGCACGGCCGCAAAGGCCCUUGCCCAAUCGCGCUUGCGGCCGAUCCUCUAUUCGCGCCGCCACGGAACUCACUGAAAUUGUUCCGUGAGGUCACUUCGCCCAUGUCGCCUCUACCACCAGCACCGCCGAGAAAACCAGUAGUUUUCCGCAAGUUGCGUUACCUGGCGGUGCGGAACGCGACCAUGAAUGCGGCGCAAGUGGCCGACAUAGUCACAUCGCACCAGCAUUGUGUGCGUGAAUUCGACUUUGAAAACUCUGUACUUGUUGGUGACGGAAGCUGGGAUGAGGCGCUUGCGCCAUUGAUGAAUAGCAACUCACAUAGUGGCUAUUGGACCCGUCACUCGAUGGCUACUGUUACUGAAAUCACCUGUUUCCGCUCUAGCAGACCACAAGACGUAUAUGAACCAGAGCCUUCAGCGGCUGUCGCAGCUGCCGCACGACAACUGUAUAAUAUUGAUUUAGAAGGUGCAGAGGAUGAACUCGACUACUAUUAUGAGGAGCAUCCCGAAGAGUUUGAGGUCGAGCUCGCUUCUGAUGUGGAGGCCGCGCGCCAGGCAAGCCUGUCAGCCACUAAUAAGAUCAAGAAGCGAACGGUCACCAAGCGGCGGCGCAAGCGCAAGCCCGGACAUGAACGCUCGCAUGAGCUCACACCUCUGUCACAUUCUAGGUCCGGUUCUGAGCCAGACCUCUCACACUCACCCAGCGACGACGCCGAUUCGGGUGAUGAUUACAUGCGGCCGCGGACUCCGGCCACCCCAGAAAUGAAAAUCUCUUCACCCAUCCUUGACACGUCGCCUAACAUGCCGACGUUAUUGCAACCCAAAGUAUAUGAUCCUACAGCAGAGUUAUGCUCCGAGAUCACAGCCGUCCAACGCGAUCUUGAAGCGGACGAGAAACACCGUCUCUUCGCGGAGGAUGCGGAAAUGCAGACCAGCGCGCUACGACGUGCAAAGGAGCUUGUACUGACGCGCCUCGGCAAAGAGUUUAGUGCCAGCAACUACGGCGCUGGUACUGGCGGCAGGUUAAGCCCCAAGAAGGAAAGCUUUGGUGCGCCAGCGUUUCUUAGCAGCGCCCGUUUCAGAGAGGGCUUAUUCGGGAAGAACAAUGGCCAUACCUACAACAGUACCACCUCUACGAUACCAGAUCACAGGAGCAUGGACGUACCGAUUUUAUUUAGUCGGGGAUGA